UUAAACCGAAAAAAAUUUUGUUUCAGUUUCAUUUUUAUUGUAACUGUUUGCGGACGAACGACACAAAACAAAUGCGGCACAAAAACGAUUGCGCCAAAGAUUGAUUGAAUUAAUUUUGAGCGUAAGGAGUAAAAAAAGGAACAAAAAAAGAAUUCAAACCGAACUAAGAAAGUGACACAAACACUAGAAGAAAAAAAAACUAGUUUACAUUUUCUGUGCAAUUUCUUUUUUUCUGUUCUUAAAAAUCUUCCAUUCUAUACGUUAAUAUGCAAAACGUGAAAGUUUGUUUUUUUGUGGUGUUUUAAUUGGUAAAGUUUACUUGAAUAAAAGUCAAGUGCUUCUCUUAUCCAAUGGACUUUAAUCGAAACGAAUCUCUGUAUUUCAUCGAAUUAUAUAAAUAAAUAUAUAUAUUGAAAACUUGUGCAAAUCAAAUUCACCAUCAAAACAGCAGGGAAUCAAAAUACACCAGCGAAGACGACGACGACCACGAUAACGGCAACGGUACAACACAUUACAUAGUCUUAUGUACCCUAAUGUACGUACACUCAUCACAUUUGCAUGUGCCAUUCAUAGCACCCACACUCAACUUCUCGUCAGCUGGAUAAUUGACUCGGGGAGAUAAGCAGGCGUCAACGAAUAUAGCAACAAUACAUGUUUCCAAGCCAUAAAAUGUUCAUGUAACGCAUGCUGAUUAGCUUGGUAUCACCCUUUUUUGAAGAAGCUUAAACAACUACGUACCAACUCUAUCAUCAUCGACAUCAUCAUCGAAUACAAAAAAAUAUAAACACAUACAGAGCGAGAGCGAGAGAGAGAGAGAGAGACCAAGAGUGACCACGGCAUUCAAACACAUAAUCGAUUUGCCGUGUAAUCACUUAUGUGACCUUUUUCCUGAGUAAAAUUCAACAAUUCAACAAACCGUGACUCAUUUUAUUUACACGAAUUGAACGAGAGAAAAUAAGACGACGACAAAAAAAAAACACUUGAAAAAAGGGGGAAAAGGACGGAAAGGAAGGAAGAUCGUACAAAUAUUUCAUCUUUAUUGUCUUAUUACAUCAUCCUUGAGUCAUAAACCACAAACGCACCGAAGAAACAAAACAAAUAUGACGAAUUUCAAGGUUUUGUAUUAGCCUUUUCAUCGGACAUUGAAAAACGGAAAAAUUAUGAAGAAAUUCACCAACAAAAAGCAUAUUUUUAAAUCGAACCGACCUGAUAAUUGAUUACCAAAAUGAAAGCAUUUGCAUUAUUACUUUGUAUGUAUAUGAUGUCGUUAGUCUACGGACUUCCGAUCAUAUCGAAACCGCUCGAAAAUAAUCCCGAUCAUUUAGUAUGGGAGGCAUUGCUCACAAGUGACACCCAUCGUUCUGACGAUAAAUCGCGUAAAAUACCGAAAUCAAUAUUCAUUACACCAAAUUUGAAUGAAUCAAAAGGAAAUUGUCCACCCGAUCAUAAACUCGGGCCCGAUGGCCGAUGUUAUAAAACGCUACAAAUUGAUCCAUUAGUUAUGCUAAAAAAGCAAAUCGAAUCGCUAUUGAAAAAUAAUAGCACCGCAACAACCGAAUAUGAUGAUGAUUAUGAUUACAGUGAAUAUGGUGAAUCAACUGAAUCGAUGAAUUCAAAUGGACAAUAUACGGUGCCAUUGAGUUUAGGAUUUAGCAGUGAAAAUCGUAUACCACAACAACAUCGAACACAACACACAACGUUUUCCAAUUUAAAUCGCAUUGUCAAAGAUGAUGCACAUGUACCAUCAGUAACGUCAACCCACACAGACAGUCGAGAGAAGCAGCCCUUUCGUGUAUCGACCACUGGCGUUGAUUUGGGAUCCGAUGAAGUUAUUGUUGAACCGAAACCCGAACCAAUUGCCAGUGUUGCCACCACAUCGAGUGCUAUUUCAUCGAAUACAGUCACCGAUCCUAUUGAAACCAGUUCCCAACCAACCUCAACUCAAAUUUCCGAUAUUUUACAAAAUUCAAACUCAUCUGAAUCAACUAUGGCCACGACUAUUCCAACGAUCAAUUCGGGAAGUGUAGACGACGACACGUCAAGUUCGACAAAUGAAAACAUCAGCUCCACAAGUACCGAAAUUUCUGAUGCAUCAUCUACAGUUGCAUCGUCAGCCAAAAUGAAUGAAGAGAUUAUUUCGAGUACAGAAAAAUUGGAAAAUCAAACUUCAAGUGAAAAUUUUGAAAAAGAUCAAGAUGUAACAGUCGCUUUACCAUUGAAAUCAACUCUUAAACAUGUUGAUGCCACCGAAAACAUUUCAACAACAUCUUCAACAUUGAAAAACUUUGAACCAACCAGUACUACCGAAUUCAAUAUUGAACGGCAAUCAUCAGUUGCCGAUACAAUCUCGUCGGAAUCAUCGACCGCGAGUACAAUUGACCAAUUUGAAACGCAAAAUGAGUCGUCUGAAUUGAAAUUAACGGUGUUACCACAGGCUGAUGAGGCAAAAGAAAAAGUGACAAUUGAAAUUGAUGAAACAACGGAGAAGCAACCAAGUCUAUUGCAGUCAACGGAAAAACUACCACCACCAUUAACAGAAGGCACGGUAAAUCAAACGGAAGAAAUCGUUGAAAAAGUGGAUGCUGUCGUACCAUCCGUUGUAUCAAUGAAUUUGAAAUUGGCACCUGAACAGACAACGGAACGCCUCAUCAAUAGCACCGAAAGUCAAACAACUGAAUCAAGCAGUAGCACCACUGCUAAAGUCGAAAUAGUUGACGAUAAAAAUGAUUCGUAUGAAGUGAUCGAUGCCUAUUUUAUACCAUCUGAAUUACCCGAAGAAAUCGAUCCAAUUGUUGGUAAAAAUGCAACGGUUGAAUCAAGAUACCGCUUGGAAAAUACAUCGGUAAACAAUGGUGAUGAAAUGGUCGAAGCAGUACUAGCACCAGUUAUUAACACCGGAAUCGAUGGACGUUCAAAUAUUGAAUUGGUUAAAUCUACUGCGACUGCUGACGAUGACAAGAAUAAUUUUACAGCACGUUUAAUUGAAGAGUUAUUAUUUGAAGAGCCUUCAACAACCAUAGAGCUUCCAAAUAAAGAUGUGCUGCCAAAUAAGUCCGCACAAAAUUUUAAUAAACGAAAUACGUCUGAAAUCAAUGAGACCGUUCAAUUGCAAAAUGAUUCGAUGAUAACGUCAUCCGAAUCAAUUGAAAAUGAUGAAGACAGCAAAAAAAUGCGCAACGUAGAGGAGGCUUUAAGUGGUUCUUCAAUUGGAGGCGGUUUUAAUGUUGGCAGUGAUUUAACAACAGAACAAACCAUCGAUUAUGAUUCAAGAGAGGUUAAAGUCCAAACGGAGACCAUUAAACCCGCAAUUAUAGAAACAAUUGAUUAUGAAGGUGAAUUGCCAUCAAAAGAAGCACUUCCAUUCAAACGUUUACCGAAUCUCUUUCAAUUAUCGCCACCGUCAUCAUCAGCACCGCCACCAAUUCGACCAUCGAUCUAUUCGACGUUUAUCAGUCGCCUAAAAAUUGCACCACCAUUUGUUGAAUUACAUGAUCAUCAUCCGGAAAAGGUUCAAUAUUCUCAUACGCCAUUCGAUAUUACAUCAACAUUUCAAAAUACCAAUCGUCCAAAUGCACGAUUUCUCGCAUCAUCAACGCAUCCAACAUAUACGCUGCCCGGCGAAUCAGACCACAGUUAUGAAGAUGUUGAACAACCAACACCUGUUCGUGCCAAAUCACUUCCACUUGGCAUCAAUUGUUACAUGAAAAAUUCAGACAAACAGCAAUACAUAAUUUGUGACGAUGCAUAAGCGACUAUAUACACAUGUAUCUUUUUACAUUUUUAUUUAAUAACUUUUUUCUUUUCGUUUCUCACAAAAUUUUCGGAAUCGAAAGUCACAAGUCGCAUUUUUUAUGUGUUUCCGAAAACAGCAUAUCGCGAAUAAAAAUAAACGAAAAAUUGAAGAAAGAACCGAAACAAAUGAUAAGCGAAAAACAUUGUGCUGUGUGUUGUAUAAAUCAUUAAUCGAGAUAUAGAAAAGUGGGGGAGAGAGAGAGAGAAAAAAAUGAAAAAUGCCUGAGUUCCUGAGUUUGUUCACUGUAAUUUUUUUUUUUUGUUGUUGUUGUCUAUCUAUGUUGUUGGGUGUAAAAUACCAGCAUACGGUGUCUGAAAAAAGCCCAAACGACCAACGAACAAACGAAAUAUCGCUUCUUUUUAAGAACAACACAUAAAAAGUGUAGAAUUUGCCAAAAUUCUCUUUUGACAAAUAACGAAUAAUGAACAUUGCACCUUAUAAACGAGAUAGAAAAUAUACGUGCGAUCGCAUGACAUGAGCAAUAAACAAGAAAACAAAAAAUAUAUUAGAUAUAUUUAUUAGUGAAAAAUAGCAAUGAGAAUAGUGUUAAUUUUAGAGUCUGAACAAAGCAAUUCAAUUUGUGAAAUGCCAACGGUAUUAUUAUUAUUGACUUUUUAUUUUAUGUUUAAUGUGAAUGAAACAGAUUUAUAUAUAUACGCACUCCAGCGACAAAAGAACGAAGAAAAAAAAAUCGUAUUGCGCAACCAGAGUGCAAAGCAACAGAGACUCCUAAGAAGGAGUCAAUGUUUAACAAAAAAAAAAAAAAAAAAAAA